GGCUCCACAGCGAAUGACGGUGCAGUAGAACGGAACAACCUCCUUGGUCCAAUAAACUUUAAAUUCGUUUGCAUUUAUGCAUUAAAAGGAAAAAAACAUUUGAAUUAUAAAAGCUUUUAUUUAUAGACCUUAUUAGAUUCUUUGGCCAUUGUACAAUUCGAGUUAUUCGCGCUCACUGUCAAGACGUGCAAAAUGUUGAAGCAAGCAAAUUGUCUCUAUGGACCGGACGACAGCAUGAUGCCAGUGAGAAUAAAUUUAGGAAAUUUUUUGGUAAAAGGAUUCAAGAAACAUGGAGAUAAAGUUGCAAUGAUGAAUGCCGAAACCGAAGAGCAGAUAACGUACAAUGAAAUGGUGCAAGCUGCCAUGAACCUCGCCGUGUCUCUGGUGCGUCUUGGAGUGAAGAAAGGAGACGUGGUUGGGGUAUGCUCCGAGAGUCGUUUGGAGAAUUGGCCGACUGUUCUUGGAAUAGCCAGUACUGGCGCAGUUAUAACACCAAUUAGUACUGCAUAUAUUAAAGACGAACUCAAACACGUGUUAAAUAUAUCGAAGCCAGGCUACUUGUUUUGUUCUAAACAAACUUACCAAAUGCACGAGGCAGUUUUCAAAUCUGUGGAAUGCAUAAAAGAGAUAAUAUUCUUUGACGAAGAGAGACCCAAAGGUGCAUUAUAUUACAAAGACUUGGCAAUAGUUUCUGAUGGUUCGAUGAUCAAAGAGAAUGUAAACAUAGAAGACUUCCUUGCAGUGGAAGUAGAUGGAGUUGCCGACACUGCUUUUAUAAUGUACUCCUCAGGCACUACUGGACUGCCGAAAGGUGUGAUGCUUAGUCAUUUAAAUAUUAUCGCUACAUGUACAAUGCCAGAUAUGUGUGAUCCGAAUUUAAAUGUUCUGCAAAUAACUCCGUGGUAUCACAGCAUGGGUGUUAUAGCGAUGCUUUUGUAUAUGUAUACAGGAUCUGAAAUUAUAUUUAUGCCGAAAUUCGAAUUAGAUUUUUAUUUGAGAUCAAUCGAAAAAUAUAAGAUAAAGAAAUUACUUUUGGUACCAUCUGUUAUAUUGGGAAUGUGUAAAACAUCUUUUACAUAUGACGUGAGUUCUGUUGAAGUUAUUGUGUGCGGAGCUGCAGUUCUUCAACAUGAUACUAUCCAAGCUGUGAGAUCAAAGUUUAAAAACUUAAUAGAUGUAUACCAAGGUUACGGAAUGACUGAAGCUACGCUUUUAAUAUCACUAUCAUCGUAUGUCAAUAGACAAAAAUGCAAACCUGGGAGUGUUGGCAAGAUUAAUUAUAAUACAAUUGUGAAGAUUGUAGAUGUAGAAACAAGGAAACCUUUAGGUCCUUAUGAAUCCGGAGAAAUCUGUUUUAAAAGCCCGUCCGCAAUGAAAGGUUACAUAGGAAGAGACAAAAGUGAAGAUUUUGAUGAUGAGGGCUUUUUGAAAACUGGUGACAUCGGAUACUAUGAUGAUGAAAAAUAUUUGUUUAUUGUGGACAGAUUGAAAGAAUUAAUAAAAUACAAAGGUUAUCAGGUUCCUCCUGCAGAGAUAGAGACACUAUUGCUGCAGCACCCGGGAGUGCGUGACGUCGGCGUAGUGGGGCUUCCCCAAGCAAUGGCAGGUGAGGUGCCGCUUGCCUUUGUGGUGCCUCAACCCGGUGCUUGCCUUUCAGAGGCAGAACUGCAAACAUUCGUUGCCGAUCGGCUGUCAAAUCCAAAACAUUUACGAGGCGGCGUCCGAUUUGUUGAAAAAAUACCGCGUAAUCCAACUGGAAAAAUAUUACGAAGAAAUCUGCGCGAAAUGCUCAAAAAUGAAAAAAAAACAUUAGAUUAAGAUAACAAGUCUUAGAAUUAGUUUUAUAUGGGAUUAUUGUAAAAUUAUUCAUUAUUUUUUUUUAAUUUCUGUAACAAAAAUGUGUUGGGCUUCAAAUAAGA